GGCGCCUCCUGCUCACAAUGGGGCCCGGUGUGCCCCUCAGCGCGGCCCCCGAGUUCUUCUCCGGGGCUCCUCCGUCCUGCACCGGCCCGAGGGCGGGUCUCCUCUCGCUCUCCGCUCCGGCAGCGCUGCCUGGCCGCCCCUCAGGGGUGCCCCUCACGCCCGCCGCCCGCGGACAAAAUGGCGGCUCCUGGGCGGCAGGAGCGCGCAUGCGCGGGAGCGCGGCGGCGGAGCACGUGCGCGGGCGGGAGAGCGCCGGGACGGACCGGGACGGGCACCGGGAGAGAGGCCGGGAUGGACCGGGAUAUACCGGGAGAGAGGCCGGGAUGGACCGGGAUAUACCGGGAGACAGGCUGGGAUGGACCGGGACGGGCACCGGGAGAGAGGCUGGGAUGGACCGGGACGGGCACCGGGAGAGAGGCUGGGAUGGACCGGGAUAUACCGGGAGAGAGGCCGGGAUGGACCGGGAUAUACCGGGAGAGAGGCCGGGAUGGACCGGGAUAUACCGGGAGAGAGGCUGGGAUGGACCGGGACGGGCACCGGGAGAUAGGCCGGGAUGGACCGGGACGGGCAGCGGGAGAGAGGCUGGGAUGGACCGGGACGGGCACCGGGAGAGAGGCUGGGAUGGACCGGGAGGGGCACCGGGAGAGAGGCUGAGAUGGACCGGGACGGGCACCGGGAGAGAGGCCGGGAUGGACCGGGACGGGCACCGGGAGAGCGCCGGGACGGACCGGGAUGGGCACCGGGAGAGAGGCUGGGACGGACCGGGACGGGCACCGGGAGACAGGCUGGGAUGGACCGGGACGGGCACCGGGAGAGAGGCUGGGACGGACCGGGACGGGCACCGGGAGAGAGGCCGGGACGGACCGGGACGGGCACCGGGAGAGAAGCUGGGACAGACCGGGACGGGCACCGGGAGAGAGGCCGGGAUGGACCGGGACGGGCACCGGGAGAGAGGCUGGGACGGACCGGGAUAUAGCGGGAUAGAGAUGGGGAUAGAUCAGGAUGGGCACGGGAAUAAACCCGGGGAUGGACCGGGACGGGCAGGGCACCGGGAGAGAGGCUGGGUGGAACAGGAUGGGCACGGGGAUAAACCCGGGGAUGGACCGGGAUAGAGACGGGGAUAGAUCAGGAUGUGCCCCGGGAUAAACCCCGGGAUAGACCCGGAUACACGCUGCGGAACCCUGGUGUAGAGGCGGG